AUGACCAAGCUCGCGGCGGUCUUUGCGGUAGCCUCGUUGCUCGGUGCGGUCAACGCUGGCGGGCACGGCGGUGGACACGACCAUGUGGUGAUCCACGUACCCUACAAGAUCAAAACCGUCCACCACACGCACACGAUCACCAAGCACAUCCACCACGGUGGCGGAGGUGGCGACAAAUACGAGGUUUUGGGCUACACUGUCGGCCAUCCCAUUGAUUUAGGUCACGGUGGAGGUGGUGGUGGUGGUGGUCUGGGUGGAGGUGGCCACGAUUUCGGCGGCGGUGGUCACGAUUUCGGUGGCGGCGGUGACUUCGGCGGCGGCCAUAUUGAAUACAGCAGCGGCGGCGGCGGUGGCGGUGGCGGCGGUGGCGGCCAUAUUGAAUAUGGCAGCAGCGGAGGAGGUGGCGGCGGUGACAUUGGCGGAGGACACGGAGGAUUCAGCGGUGGAUUCGGCGGCGGAAGCUACGGGGGCGGCGGUGGAAUCGGCGGAGGUGGUUUCGGCGGCGGACACGAAGAUUGGGGUGGCCAUUAG